GAAUGUAUGCAUGCUGUAUCCUGUAUGCAUAUCUAAGUAUGAUCUGCAUUUGAAACCGCUUCAGUACUGCCUGGCUAGGGAAAGCCAGCCUCUCCAUUCAGCGCCGUGUCUCUUUAAAAAGGAACACAGCGGCUGUAUUCCUAUAGCUACCGCUACAGCUCGAUCACGUGCUUCUAUACUCAACAGUUACAGCGCAGCAAAGAGGAACCGCCGUCAGGUGUUCACAGCACCGGUACCAUGGGCGGGACUAACAGAGACUUCACAAUGAAAGCAACUUCAAACCUAUGUUCUUAACCAACGGGAUCUGAUCAAAAAAAAAAAAGAAAUACACACACAGUACAGCUGCUUAAAUCUGACGUCGCUCAAUACGAACGAGGAACCAGAAAUAAUUAACCACGCACUCUGAAUCUACAGACGGCUAAGGGUUAAACUGUUCCUGAGGCAUCGCUGCAAUGAGAUGCUAUUGGAAGAGAUCACUGAUGACUUUGGGCUCCCUGUCUCUCUUCUUCCUCCUCCUUCUGUUUGUCAGUCUGGGUCUGAGGACUGAGGAAGACAGCUUUGCCACUGAGGAGAGCAGGAGGUGGGCCAGAGAAGUGGCAAUGCGGCAGAUUUACUCUGAGAGGAACGGGGAGAACUUCAGGGAGCUCUGGAACUCCUCGCUACCCAUUAACAUCUCCUACAGUCACUUAGCUGGCUUUCCCAACCACGAAAAGAAGUACCUGACGGUAGGGCUGUCUUCGGUCAAGAGGAAGCGAGGGAAUUACCUCCUGGAGACGCUCAAGUCCAUCUUUGAGCAGUCCUCCAACGAAGAGCUGAAGGAGAUGGUGGUGGUCGUUCAUCUGGCCGACUUCGACCAGGCCUGGAACAGCAAGGUGGUGAAGGACAUCUCCAGGAAGUUCUCCCACCACGUGCUGUCGGGACACCUCAUAGUCAUCCACGCACCCCAGGAGCACUACCCCCCCCUGCAGGGGCUCAAGCGGAACUUCAACGACGCUCCGGACCGCGUGCAGUUCCGCUCCAAACAGAACGUUGACUAUGCCUUCCUGCUCAACUUCUGCGCCAACCUGUCGCGUUACUAUCUGAUGCUGGAGGAUGACAUCCACUGCUCCAAAUCCUUUUUCACUGCCAUUAAGAAAGUCCUGACCUCCAGGGAGGGAUCCUACUGGGUGACCCUGGAGUUUUCCAAGCUGGGAUACAUCGGGAAGCUUUAUCAGUCCAGCGAUCUUCCCAGGCUGGCCCAAUUCCUCUUGAUGUUUUACCAGGAGAUGCCUUGCGACUGGCUCCUGGUUCAUUUCCGGGUCUUGCUCACUCAGAAGGACGUUAUUCGUUUCAAACCGUCUUUGUUUCAGCACAAUGGGUUUUACUCCUCUUUCCUGGGCACGGCUAAUCGGCUAAAAGACGACGACUUUGAAGAGGAUUCCAUUGAUCUCCCAGACAACCCUCCAGCUGCAAUCUACACCAACAUCAGCACGUUUGAGAACUACAAUCCCAGCAAAGCCUACAGCAACGUGGACGAAUAUUUCUGGGGCAAGUCUCCGUUGGUGGGGGAUUACUUCACCAUCGUGUUUGUCAAACCUGUGGUGUUGACAAGACUCCGAAUUCAAAGCGGCACAGAGGAGAGGCAGUCGGAUAUGCUUCAUGCUGGAUUGGUCGAACUGGGAGAAGACCCAGCACGGAUUAAAGAGAAUGUGGAAUGUUCCAGCUACGUAAAACUGGGGCGAUUUGAGAACGGACAAUUUGAGAGCAAGGAUAUUGAUAAAAAGAUUCAUUCUGCAGUGUCUUGCAUAAAAAUUGUUGUAACAGAAAGCCAGAAAGAAUGGCUAAUCAUUCGAAGCACAAGCAUUUGGACCAAACAGAGUAAAGCAUAGCUGAAAAUAUCUUUGUGUUGCUACAUUUGGUUACACCCUUUUUUCUGGCAUGCUGUACAUUUUCACAUAAUGAGCUAUUUAUUUGUAUAAGGACAUCAGGAAAGUGUAAUUCUGUACAAAGUACACAGAUUGCUCAUUAGAAAAUCACAUGCUUCUCACAUCUUUAGUUGUGUGAAUGCCAGAGUUUUUAUUAUUAUUAUUAUUAUUAUUAUUAUUAUUAUUAUUAUUAUUAUUAUUAUUAUUAUUAUUACUAUACUGUUGAACAAACUGUAUAUCCAAAACAUCCUAAUGCCUUGUGCCUUCAUGUUUUUAAUAUACAUGUUUUCCUCCACCGUCUGUGGGUGCAACCCUAGAAAAUGAUUUCUGAAUUUAAAAAACUAAAAUCAGGUGUCUCGGCAUCUGUGCCUAUUAUAUUACACAGCCGCUGAAGGAGGGCAUUAUGAAGGAAAUGAAUUUCCUUAAAAAUGAAAAGGAACCAAGUCCACCCAUACAGAAUUGUGGAUUUGUACACCGUUACAUCUGCAUUAGAAAUAGGUUCUGCUACUGCUUUUCUGUUUCUGUUGGCUCAAUAAGAGAGGCUUGGGCCUGAUCCGAGUCAGUGGUUUCCCACAAGCCUCGUGUGGGACUCAGUUUAGACGGGUGGACUCCGUGCCUCAGUUAGUUUGGGAUCUUACGCACAGACACACAGCUGAACAGACGGAUUCCAUUAUACUGUGCUUCUCGUGAGCACAGAUUCUGCGUUCUACAAGAAUACAUUCAAUGCCGAUUGUUCUUUUACUAAUUCCGGAACUCAGGAAUCCAUCCUUCUUCUAAUUCCGGAACUCAGGAAUCCAUCCUGCUUCUAAUAAAUCAUUGGGAUUGUGGAGAGCUGUUGGCGUUCUUUAUAUCCUCUUUCACAUCUUGUUGAUUCGAUCCAGCUUCUCUUAAGAGGGUUACUAAUUGCAAUGUAAUGUAUACUGUGCAACACAACAAGUGUACUGUUUGUCCUUGAUCUCUUCGACCCACGCUGUCUACUUUUGGGUGUUGGUCAACUCCUGUGCGAGAACGAGAACAUUAAACACGCCCCUGGGGGAGCAUCCUGUACAGUAUUUCCAGCUGGCAGGGUUUCAACAUCGAGAAAUGGUCUCUUCCUCAAUCGUUCAUUUUGUCAGGCUCUGCAGUUUACAUACCAUCACGCUGUCGGAGUAGUUCACUGGAAGCAGGGCUUCUCUCUACAGCCAAGCUUCCACUGGGAUGGGUUUCAAAAACUCCCUGUGGCAAAAGCACAGCAAAGUGAUCAAACAGCGAAGGGCCAUGCAGUUAAACCCUCUGAAUAAAACUCCUGCAGUUAUGCAACUGAUAUCACUUUGGCAAGCAAAACAGAAAAAAAGAUUACAAGGUUUCUGCACAGUAUUGCAAGGGCACAUAUUAAAUGGUGCAAUGUAACUUCCUGCCCAUUGCACUGGGCAUGCUUAGCACCUCCCAUUGCUUUGAAUGUACAGUGCACUAGUAGACUGUACUGACUGAAUGCAAUUGUAGAACCUGUAGCUAACCCUGGUAAAUAUGGAAAAAAUGACCAUGCAAAUAUAUAUAUAUAUAUAUAUAUAUAUAUAUAUAUAUAUAUAUAUAUAUAUAUAUGGCAAACACAAGGAGCAAAAACAAAAACAUAAUAAUGAAAAGGUUUUGUGAUUUAACUUUUGAUGCAAUAAUGAAACCGAUCUCUCUGUAAAACCUGUAUUGUGUGUUUACUUGAAUGUAUUUUGGAACCUGGUACAAUUUCCUUUUAAGGAAUACUCAGCCUUAUAAUUGACAGCAUUGCUAUAACAGAUGUUCAGGAUGUUAUUAAAGGCCAAACCAAAAUGA